CUCUAAAAAUUUAUAUAGGCUCAAUUCCUCAAAUUUGCCCCUCAUUCGCGUGUAACUUCCGAACAAAACCUACUGGAGAGGGUCUGAACAACAUAUUACAGAAUACACAACAAAUACACGCAUAACCCAGAAAGAGAGAGAAGAACUAGAGAGACACAAUCUCAGAGAACUAGAGAGAGAAUCUCAGAGAACUAGAGAGAGACACAGUGAUUGUGGAAUCGAUUAUCAUCUUCGCCUCUGAGAUCUUGUCCUCCUACUAUGUCCACUUUGUAGAGGACAAGGUAUUUAACAUUCAAUAAAUUCGUCACUCUCUCUCCUUUAUCUCUAUAAAUUCAUUUUUUGGUCCAUUAACGCUACGAAUCGAGCUUCAGAGCAUUGGGAUUCGCAUUCGAUUGGUAUCUGUGUGAAGGAAUAAUUGGUGAAAAGUAUUCCAAUUUCGCUUUAUUCCUUCUAAUUUUUGAACUUUGAUGAAACUUUUUUCUUUUCGAUUUUUAAGGAUUGAAUUAGGGUUUUGUUUUUUGUUUUUUUGGAACUGAGAGAUGUGCUUAGCAUGUUUCUUUUGGAGUGUAGGGUUUUCGUCUGAUCGAUUACUGGGGAGGCCUCAAAUUUCGCAUUCUUGGAGUAUUAGGGUUACAAUUGAGGAACAGAUUAGGGAUUGCGGGUCAAUUGAAGUGUACUCAGGAUCGCUGUCUUCGUGUAUCGUGAGUUAGAGGUCGUGGAUUGGGUUGUUCUGGUGUUGUGUUUUUGGGCAUUGAAAUUGGUCAUUGUUCUGUGAAUGGAAGAGGAUUGCACGUAUAUAAUUGUUUAGAGGCUGAUCAAGAAGUGGGAAGUUACUUGUUUGCAGGUUCUUGGAUUUUGCUGCCUUUUGGAGUGUUUGAUCUUGAGUUGGGGAUGAUUUUGGUAUCUGAUUCUAAUCACAAGGUGGAGGUGAUGGUUCUGUGUUGGCACAGCAGGCAAGAUAGAAGAUCAGGUUGUAGUAGUCCCUUUUCUUUCCUCAAAAAACCAUUUGGGUUAACAUAAUUUGAGCAGAAUUUGUGACCAAAGAACUUAUUUUUGUGAAUUUUGUGCCUCGGAAUUGUGCACCCAGUGCUAGUGUAACAUUGCAGUUGGUUUGGAUCAAUUAGGUGUGGUAGGGAGCUUUUGCUUCAAAUUGAACUUUGAGUGAAUUUGCUCAAUCCCUGUGUAGAUUUGGAGCCAGAGGUGAGUUAAGUUUUGUGGGUUUUGGAAUCUGUGCUGCUUGAGAGACUAAAAAGUUCAUGGAGAAUUGUUGAAUCUGGAAAUGAAUGUGGGGACAUGGUGCAUGGACGUGAGCACAGUAGCCGGUUGGUUCCCUUAUUGGAACAGUUCUGCUGGAAAUUAAUUAUAUCAGUGUUUGUUUAUCGGCAGUGCCCGUUUGUCUUAUUCCAAGAUUUUGUGCAAUGUCUCGCUGCUAUCCAUUCCCACCACCAGGAUAUGAAAAGAAGGCUAGACCAGAUGACACUGACUUACUGAAAAAGGAGAAGCAGAGAGAGAAAAAACAUAAAAAGGAGAAGAAGGACAAAGAGAAGGGAGAAGAUAAAGAAAAAAGGGAUAAAGAUAGAAGUGAUGGAAAACAUAGGGACAAGAAGGACAAGCAAGAAAAGCACAGGGACAAAAAGAAACCCAAGGACAAGGACCGAGACAAAGAUAAAGAGAAAGCCAGCACCUCAGGGGAGAAGAGAGUUGCAGGGCAUUCUGAGAGUUACAAUGGAGAGAAGCUUAAUCAUAAAGAGAAGAACCAGCACGAAGACAAAAGCAGUAUCACAUAUGAGAAGAAACAAGAUAUACAGUUUCAGGCUCACAAUGGAGAGAAGCCCAUUCGAAACAGCCUUCCAGCUGAAGAGAUGGAUUCUAGAUUUGUGCAGGAGUUGGGUAGGAGGAUCAGAGAUGAACAAAAGGGAGCAGGGUGCCAGUUGGUUGAGAGAUUUACUGGUGCAGAUGGAAAAAAGGAGGUCCGAAUGGACAGAGUGGUGGCCAAGGAUACUGGAUGUAUCGCUGAAGGGAAGGGAAAAAACAAAGAUAUACGAGUUGAUAAUAAAAAGAUGGUGGCCAAUGAUACUGGAAUUCUGGUUGAAGGGAAGGAAAAAAACAACGAUAUACGAGUUGAUAAUAAAAAGAUGGAUGGGCAGGGUAUCAGGGACAAGGCAGGAUUUAGUGGAAGUACGAGUACGAUGGUCCAUAAUAUUACUGGAAUCGUCCAAAACAGAAUUGAAGGGAUGUUCAGACCAGCGGACAAAAACAUUGAGAGAAGGAUGGAAGGUAAAGAGAAGUCCAAAGAAAAGGAAGUUGAUGAUAAACGACGGGACAAAAAGGACAAAUAUAUGGAGAAGAAAAAAACUUUGAAGGAUACAGGCAGGGAAAAAGAGAGAAAGAAAGAUGAGAAAGUGAAGGAGAAAAAUGAAUACAAGUUCACAGAGCAGGAUAGAUUUAAAGAUAGCAAUAAGAAUAACCUUAUUGGUACUCACAAUAUUAAAAACUCACACGAUCCCAUGGAGUGUGACAAGAGUGCUGCAGCUGAGGGAAAUUCAAAAAAAAGAAAAGACUUUGGGACAAAUGGAUUUUUGCAUGACAAUGAUGUGAGGCCUUCUAAAAUGCCAAGGCCCAUUUCUAAUCCAUUGACAGAAAAUGGAAGGAAAUUGGAACCUUGCAGAACUCCCAUCAUGUUUACCUCCAAUAUGCAAGGAGCUGCCAGUAAUCUGUGCGCAGAUGAUAAGGAGCACAAGUUAAAUGGUGUAGCAGGAAUGCAGCCAUCAUUGUCCAUCUCCUCAGUGAAGCCUUUGUCUGCAACGACACAUGCAGAUCAAAUUGCUAAAGUAUCAAAGGCUAAAGCAUCAAAGAAGCCGCCCCAUCCUGAUUCCAUGUAUCUGAGCCAGGUACUUUCAGUUCCCAAAAUGGAAGAAUGGUUUGAUUUUGAUGACCAGGAGUGGCUGUUUAAUAGCAACAGUCACUCAUCUAAUCCCAAGGUGGGUUCUGUUGGGACCAAUGAGACACCACAGGUAUGGGCCAAAGCCCAGCAUAUAGAGUCAGCUGAUGUUUGUGCUCUGCCAUAUGUUAUUCCUUACUAACUGUUAAUUAAAAGGGAAUGAUCUGUUGCACUAAACCUUUCGGAGGAUCAAGCUAUUGCGAAUUGAUAGCAGCAUCUGACCCAGAUGGAUUCCUGAUUUUGCCACUGCAUUCAUUCGUUGUAAUGCUCUCUGCCGCAAUAAGGAACACCCACGAGUGAUUACUCUGUCCAGGAAUUGUUUUGAAUGAAUUGCCUUGCUCUGCGGUAUGUUGGUGCAUCUUUACUGGGUUAGGGUUAGAGAGAGAUUUUUUGCCUCCACGUUGAACAACUAAUUCAUUCGAAUGUCUCUGAGGCCCCAGAGGCGGAGGCAACCUGGGAGAGCGUUGCGUAGAGAGGGAGAUUUACAAGCUUGUGCAAUUUUAUUUUAUUUGCUUAAAGCUGAGAUGCUCUUUCGAGUUGAGUGUAAGGAAAAACUAGCUGUGGUAUCUGCUAUUCACCACAAUUUUGAUUUGUAACAUAGAGCUCUUAUUUACAAGAAAUGUAAGAAAGAGGGAAAAGAAACGUAGUCUCGUUCAAUUUUUUUUUUUUAACGUCAGAUGUAAUUAUAGUUCAUAUUCAAUCUGUUUCCCGAUUUGUGCUGUCUAA